CUCUCCAUGUCGCUGCCUUCGCUGCUCGCAUCGACAGAGCGAUCGAGUUCCGAGUUGCACGCGAGCAUUUGCGCUCGAGGUCCGGAGCGCGAAGAGAGAGCGAGCGAGCGAGCAAAUCGAGGCUCCACGGCGCAAUAUCACACUGCGGAAGCUCGAAUUGAAAGGUCGGAUCUCGAGGCUUUUGAGCCCGGGCAGGCGAAAAGGCUGGAAGUGGAAAGGGGCCGGGAAGCAGCAAGAUCGAGCGAGCAUCGACGGGCGUGAGGGCGAUUUUUGUGUUGAGGUCGGGGAGACGAGAUGGUGAUCGAGGGGAUGGAGGGUGGUAGGGUAGCAGGGGGAGGGCUGGGUGGUGGUGGCGGGAGUGGAGGAGGUGGGGGAGGAGUAGGAGGAGGAGGUGUUGGUGGUGGUGGUGGUGGAGGAGGAGCGGAGCAAAUGGAUGUCGAGAGUUAUGCGAGUUUGUACACGGGACAUACGAAAAUUGCUCGCCUACAUUUUAUUGCCGAUCACUGUCAUUCGCGGGCGUUGGAGCUAGAGGCUCUGAGAAUGGCGUCAGAUGAGAUCAAGAGAGGGGAAAACACUGCCCUCUACCGUGAGUCCGUCGAUAAGAUCGCUGGUCGCCUAGGGAGCACGUACUUGCUCGAUCAGGAGUGGGUGGAUGUUGUGGAUCGUCGGGCCGCCCAACGUCAAGAAAAGCUGGAGAUGGAGCUGAAUGGAUAUAAGACAAAUCUUAUCAAGGAGAGCAUCCGAAUGGGAUACAACGACCUGGGGGAUUUUUUCUACGGGCGUGGGGAUCUGCAGCAGGCAUUUAAGUGCUACGUUCGAACUCGGGAUUACUGCACAACUUCAAAGCAUAUAAUUGCAAUGUGUUUGAAUGUGAUUCUCGUCAGCAUCGAGCUUGGUCAAUUCGUCCAUGUGUCCAAUUAUGUAUCGAAGGCAGACCAGACACCGGAUGUUCAAGAUCCAAUUGUGCUUGCAAAGUUACGUUGUGCUGCUGGCCUUGCUCACCUGGAAAGCAAGAAAUACAAACUGGCAGCUAGAAAGUUUGUAGACACCCAUUUCGAACUGGGCAACAAUUUCACUGAGGUGAUAGCUCCCCAAGAUGUUGCCACGUAUGGUGGUCUUUGUGCUCUCGCUUCAUUUGACCGAGCGGAGCUCAAGAGUAAAGUCAUCGAUAAUAUAAACUUCAGAAACUUCUUGGAGCUUGUGCCAGAAGUUCGAGAACUUAUUCAUGACUUUUACGCAAGUCGCUAUGCUUCGUGUUUGGGCUACCUCCAAAAGCUAAAGCCGAACCUUCUUUUGGACAUCCAUCUCUAUGACCAUGUGGAAGCUUUAUAUGAACAAGUUAGGCACAAGGCGUUGAUUCAGUACACAAAUCCAUUCAUCUCAGUCGACUUGAACACUAUGGCGAGUGCUUUCAAAACGAGCGUGGCUGGCUUAGAGAAAGAGCUUGCCGCGUUGAUUAUGGAGAAUCAAAUCCAGGCUCGCAUUGAUUCUCACAACAAGAUCCUGUUCGCACGGCAUGCGGAUCAAAGAAACGCAACCUUUCAGAGAGUAUUACAAACCGGAUCUGACUUUCAAAGGGACACCAGAGCAAUGCUACUACGGGCGAAUCUCAUGCGGCAUGACUUCAUCAUGAAAGGUUGAGACACCGAGGGGAUCAGGACAAUGUACCAUCCUGUCUGUCAGCGGCUGUCCUUUAGGUAGACUCGGAAACUUGAGCUCGCUUGUUGCUUGUAGACAACGCAAAUCUUUCUAAAGAAGCAAGCAAAUUGUGGUCAAGCUUGGUCUUCGCAGGUGAAUAUCAAGGCUCAACUCAGUUGGGAUCCGAUUUGAAGUAUCUGUAUACUAAACAGACCAAACUGUGUGGGCCUGUAGCGGCUUAUUCGCUGGUUGAAGAUAGUUAGUGAAGUAGCAGCACACAGUUUUCUCUAUGACUCUGGUUUCCUUUUCCAAGCAGAUGGCGGACGAUCUGUGGAAGCCUUGGGGAAGUCACAUCCACCUUGGUUGAUGCUGUAAUAUUGAGGAAGCUUGUGGUGAAGUAAAUAUUAGGUUCUGUAUGGUUGGUUGCCAAAUCUCGUCCUCGAAUCUUAUAUAUUAUAUCAUAAAAACCUUCCUACCAGCAAAUGUUUUCAUGUCAAUAUAAACGCACACCCGAGUAGUACACAGAAAAUGAGUAGUAUACAGGGCGGAUGAUAUAGCAAUGAAUUCGUUCGAUUAUGUUUAUUUCAGUGGUAACAUACGAGACUUGAAGAGCCAUGCUUAGGAGAAAUAAACUCGACCACAACGAAUACAUCUGGCUUUUUUACAUUCCCGGUAUCAGUGCAAGUUAUUUUCUGAAAACUUUGUUUUGAAGCAGGACUGAUAUAGAUAAUAUAGAAGUGGACUUAACUCCGCUUUUUACUUUUAAGGCUGAACUAGCAGGAAUUCGAACCAUAUGUAUGCUGUUACCACGAGUAUACAUAGAACUGUACAUUCAGGGAAGCAUCAAAGAUUCCAUUAGAGAAUGCUGCCUCAGCCUUUUGAACUUAC